GUAGAAGCCAAUCACAGACAGUGUGUCACGCCCGGUCUUACAGACUCCUCCUCCUUUUUCCGACAGGCCCCAGCACUUCGUCAACUCGGUUAAAACGUGCCUUCACAGUACAGAGAAGGAAGCUACAACAUUUUAAGCUAGCCAGUUCACGCCAGUUGCUGUAACCCGCCGUCAUGCCGGAAUACAUGGACGACCCGUCGCAGCUCACCAAGGACAAGCUUAAGAGCGAGUUGCUGGCGCACAACGUGGAGCUCCCGAGCGGCAACCACAAUAAAGACGUGUACGUUCAGCUUUAUCUGGAAAAUUUGACCGCGCAGAACAAGAAACGUGUCGCCGCCACGACUUUGGACGCCUUCUCCAGUGACGAGGAGCUGCCCCCGCCUGUGGUGUCCAGCAGGAGUCGCUCUUCCGGCAAAAAAGCACCCAGGAAAACUGACAAGAUUCAGCCAGACGAGCUGGAUGUGACUGCGCUGACUGAUGAAUACCUGAGGGAUGAGCUGCUCAAACAUGGAGUAGAUGCUGGACCAAUUGUGGCAUCAACCCGCAAACUGUACGAGAAGAAACUGAUGAAGCUACUCGAUGACGGUCCUGCACAGGCAACAAUAACAAAGAUAGUGGUCACGGAGAUCCAAGUUAACCACAAUGGCAACUCUGAAUCUGACCUCUAUAGUGACAAGGAGGACGAUGUGAUAGCAGAACCGGAGCCUGAGCUAGUGGCUGCGCCUGAGCCAGUUCCAGUAGUGGAGAGGCCAAUUCGGAGCAGAGGGAAGACACCCGUCACUACCCGCACUCACAGCAGUGAGCACAAGACUCUCCAUCAUAAACAAGUGGCAACAGAGGCUCUUCUCAACACAGCUCUGCUCGAGGAAGAGUUUGGACCUCCAAAUGACCUGCCACUUAAAAGGAGACGAGAGACAAUCACAAACUUCCUGUCCAAAUGCAGCCCUGUGAAGAAGCACAGUAGUAUGUCCUCGCUGUUCAAGGAGAACAAUGUGUCAAAGGUGGAGAAGAUAGCAGCCGGUGACCAAACUCCCAAAGUGGGUGAGAAAGAUGUUCUUAAAGAGCUGUUCUCCAAUGAUGUCAAUAGUCCAACAGGAAUCAUGGCCACUUGUAGACGACCAAUCCGGGGAGCCGCCGGGCGCCCAGUGAUCUCUAGCGAUUUCUGGAAGGAUGAAAACUCAUACUUCUCUCCCAAAACUACUAAAACCAUCAGCAACUCCACCUCUUCCUCCUACACAGAGAGCUGUAUCAUCAACAGAGUCAACAGCUUGCCAAAGUCCUCCUCUAAACCCUUGUCCAGCACACCCACACUCCUGUCUCCACCUUCCCCUACUGGUGCAAUGAAAGCAGUGCCCCAAGGCAUGUCUCUGUGGAAGAAGGUGCUCCUACUGGCAAUAGUGGCUGCUUUCCUGUUCUUUAUUUACCAAGCCAUGGAAACCAAUACCCUCAACCCAUUUUCAACAGCUGACUCAGAGGUGGCCAGUGGCAGCAAGGCAUAGAGUUCAUGGUGAAUGUAGUGGGAGAGGACUGUUUGCUCAUAACAUUUAAAUAUAUCUGUGAAUCGAGUCUUUUUUUUUUUUUUUUUUCCUCCACAGGUGGUCUGAAAUUAUCAUUGUUCACCAUUGUUUGUUUUUGUUUUUUUUAACUCACUGGAUGUUGGCCCAUUGUGAUCACAACAAAGCCAGCCACUUAUACAAAACCCCAAAUAUUGUAGCAAAUGUGGACUCACUAAUAUUUUAUCUUUGUUGUUUUAACUUGCAUGGCGUGAUUGAACUUUACUGUGGUCAAGAGGUUGCUUGUCACAGAAGAUAAUAGCCUUGAAGAUGGGUAGGUUUUUUUGUACUUAAGCCAGCUUUCUAGGCUUAUCCAAAUAGUGUAAACCUUAAGAGUUUUCUUAAAUGUUCUCUUUAUACUUGCAUUCUACCUAAUUAUGUGUUCAUGUCACAAUUAUUGAAAUACAGUAUUGAAUUUACUCAAUAAACUAUAGAUAUGUAA